CCUUCAAUGUUUUUGCGGUGGCAUAUCAGCAAACCACUUUUGCGCAUUUCAGUCGUCAGUUACACGUAACAUGCAACACAGUGGUUUAGUAUUGUGAAUUUUUAUUUAUUGAUUGUACACAAAUCGAUUUAAUUGUGUGUUUAUCCGCUGUGCAAUGUACAUCUACGAGCAACCAACAAAAAAUUCAUUUACCACAGUUGAAGAAUUUCAAGAAGCCUUCAACCUCUUCGAUAAUCGUGGUGAUGGCAAAAUCCAAUUGAGUCAAGUGGGUGAGUGCCUGCGUGCGCUCGGCCAAAAUCCCACCGAAUCGGAUGUGAAGAAAUGUACACACCAACUGAAACCGGAUGAACGUAUUAGUUUUGAAGUAUUCUUGCCCAUCUAUCAGGCAAUUUCGAAGGCACGUUCUGGUGAUACUGCUGAUGAUUUCAUCGAAGGUCUACGCCAUUUCGACAAGGAUGCCAGCGGUUUUAUUUCAUCAGCCGAAUUGAGACAUUUAUUAACCACUUUGGGUGAAAAGUUGACCGAUGAAGAGGUCGAACAGCUAAUGACCAAUCAAGAAGACACACAAGGCAAUGUCAACUAUGAAGAAUUCGUGCGUAUGGUCAUGAAUGGUUAAAUGAAAAUGUUAUUCGUUCAGCUGAGGUCGUGCAUUUACUUAAGUAAAUAAAAUAAAUUAAUAUAAAGAAAACGUUUAUAAUUCCCUUUACAAGCAUACCUGUUUCAAUAUUAAUGAACUUAAUUAAAAAAUCGCUUAUUAACAAGAAAUUAAAACAACAAAUAAAGUUAAAAAAAAAACUAAUUAUUUAUAUGAAACAAGAAGUAUUCCACAUGCAUAUGCAGGUACAUACAUACAUACAGUUAUAUGAGUAUGUCGCGAAUUCGAUAAAUUUUAUUGAAUUAAGUUAUAUAUGUAUGUAUAUUGAAUUGUAUUGUUAUUGAUGCGCUGAGCAGCCGUUUAAUAUAUUAGUAUUUGUAUGCUGCGUGCGACAAUGCAACAUGUGCAUAUCCCCACACUGAAAAUAAAUUUAGUAGAAUCUGAAUUUGUCAUGAUGUAUUAUUACUUAUGUAUGUAUUACAAUAAAAAUCUUAAAUAAUUUUUUUGUACACUAAA